GCCUCCGGGUGCCGGGCUGGGGCCGGCGGGGGGAGGGGGAGGGGGAGAGGGAUGGGGGGCGGGCGCAGAGGACGGCGGAGCCGGCCGGACACGGACUGCUCCUCCGCUCCCUCCCUCAGCACAUCUCCGCGUCCCCACUUCCCUCCUCCCCUCGCUCCGAGCAGCAUCCUCUGCAGACCCUCGGUCCUCCUUCCCGGGGUCGUCCGGCUCCAGCGGCUCCCCGUAAUUACCCCUCUUCACCGGCCAACCCGGGAACUUUCUCCACCCGCUCCUGGGAGUGGGGGGUCGCUUUUUUCCUGGGGCGGAUUUUUCCUGGGGUUCACUGGGGGGCAGUCUCUGGAAAAGGGCUUGAGGGUCCCAGAGAGACGUCUGCCACCUGCCACCUGCCCCCAGGGGGCCUGCCGUCGGGUCUUGGCACCCCCUCUUCCUCUCUACCCCAACCAUGACCGAAAUGAGCGAGAAGGAGAACGAACCGGAUGACGCGGCCACCCGCACCCCCCCGGGGACCGUCUCUGCCCUCCAGGAAACCAAGCUCCAGCGGUUCAAGCGCUCACUUUCCCUCAAGACCAUCCUCCGAAGUAAGAGUGUGGAGAACUUCUUCCUUCGCUCAGGCUCUGAGCUCAAGUGCCCCACUGAGGUGCUGUUGACGCCCCCGACCCCGCUGCCCCCUCCCUCCCCACCACCGACAUCUACAGACGGGAGCUUCCCUACCCCGGCCCCCUCCCCUUGCCCAAUCCCACGGCCCCUGGCACCACUCAAACCAGUAAGGCUGCACAGCUUCCAGGAACACGUCUUCAAGAGAGCCAGCCCUUGUGAGCUAUGCCACCAGAUCAUUGUGGGAAACUCCAAGCAGGGUUUGCGGUGUAAGACGUGCAAAGUCAGCGUCCACCUCUGGUGCUCCGAGGAGAUCUCCCACCAGCAGUGCCCAGGCAAGGUGUCCUCCUCCUUCCGUCGAAACUUCAGCUCCCCCCUCCUGGUGCAUGAACCACCCCCAGCCUGUGUCACAAGCAGAGAGUCCCCACCCACUGGGGCCAGCGGGAAGGUAGACCCCGUCUACGAGACGCUGCGCUAUGGCACCUCCUUGGCACUGAUGAACCGCUCCAGCUUCAGCAGUACCUCUGAGUCCCCCACGCGGAGCCUGAGUGAGCGGGAUGAGCUGACCGAGGAUGGGGAAGGGAGCAUCCGCAGCUCAGAGGAGGGCCCUGGCGACAGUGUGUUCACAGCCCCGGCCGAGAGCGAAGGGUCAGGACCAGAGGAGAAGAGCCCUGGACAGCAGCCCGCAAAACCCCCUCUGCGGAAGGAUGUGGGGCCCAUGUACUCCUAUGUUGCUCUCUACAAGUUCCUGCCCCAAGAGAACAAUGACCUGGCUUUGCAGCCUGGGGACCGGAUCCUGCUGGUGGAUGACUCUAACGAGGACUGGUGGAAGGGGAAGAUUGGCGACCGGGUUGGCUUCUUCCCAGCCAAUUUUGUGCAGCGCGUAAGGCCAGGAGAGAACGUCUGGCGCAGCUGCCAACCCUUCUCCGGGAACAAGGAACAGGGGUACAUGAGCCUCAAGGAGAACCAGAUCUGUGUGGGUGUGGGCAGGAGCAAGGAUGCUGACGGCUUCAUCCGCGUCAGCAGCGGCAAGAAGCGGGGCCUGGUGCCAGCCGACGCCCUGACCGAGAUCUGAGAGGAGCCAAGAGAACCCAGAUGCCACCCCUGCCCGAGCCUGGCCCUUGCUUCUGGCCCUGGAGAGGAACGGGCAUCUGCCCACACUCUUCCUCCCUCUGCCUCUCUCCUAGGAGCCACCCCCCAUGGCUUGGGAGCCCUCUGCACAGAGGAAGGUUUUAUUUCUUGGGUCCCAGGGUGCCCUGAGGGAGUUGCUGCUCUGGGACUCGGGGGUGAGGAAGGAGGAGAAAAGUGGGAGGGAAUGAGGAAGUUCCAGGUGGGUCCAGCCAGUGCCCAGACACCCCCAGUUGCCAUGCUGAGUGCGGCCCUGGGGAGGGGGGCAUUCCUGAGGAAUUUUCUCGCUGCUUUGUCCAGAGAGCCUUCUCAUGUCCACACCACCUUUGCAUGCCCGGCACCAUUCCCCCCCCCCCCCCCACAGAGCCUCUGCUUGGGUCUAUGUGUGUGUGACCCUGCGGCUGCCGCUUUGGAAGUGGGACCUUGGGAAGGUGACUUCCCAAAUCCCUCAGCUCUCUGCCCUGGGUUGGGAGGGGAUUCGGGGCUGCAGGAGGAUCCUGAGUCCACCUCUUGGUGUCCCCACCUCUGUCACUCCAUCACUCCUCAGGAAAGUUCUGCGGAAAUCUCUCCUAUUACUUGAAACCUGGGCGGACAGAGGAGGGGAGGGCCGAGUUCCGGGGAUAGCGCUGCAAACCAGAGACUAUCUCCUCCAGUAGAAUAGAACAGCCUCAUCGUACCCUUGUCCACCGGAAAAGGACACUCAAGAAGGACAUGAACAGAAACCGACUGAGAACAAAAAACAAGUCCCCGUUUCACUGUCAGGACUCUGCAAGUUCCCUGGUCCCCCAUGGCCAACCAGCCCCAGGGAGUCAGUAUUUCCUAGUUCCUGUCCCAGGCCUCACAAGGCCACCCCCCCCCCCAGGAGCCCAGCCCUCAGGACUGACUUCCAGAUGGCCCUUCCUCACUCCCUUUCUCUGGGCUUUGUAGGAAACACUGCGACCCCUCCUUCAGUGCAGGGGUCCCUCUUCUGGCUGUAUCUGUGCCCUUGUCCUGGACACAGAGUUCUGGGAGGAAGAGGGAGUGGGAGAUAGUCAGGGCAGCAAAUCAUUGCGUUUGGCCACCAGGAAAGGAAGGGGGUAGGCACCCUGUUGGUGGGUUGGCACUCAUGAAGAGGACCCCUCCCUUUCAGGUUGCUUUUCUCUGGUGCCAACCUCCCUCUCCCCCCAAGCUCAGAGCCUCCUCUUGUGCCCUUGAUCGUGCCAGCCAAUGCCAGUCCCCGUCCUGGGCACAGUCACACCCUCCCAUACAGUGGAAGGGACACAUUCUCCUACCCACUGGCCCCUGCUCCACUUCUCCCCCUUGGAGGGGGGGGUUCAAGCCACACUGCCCUGUUUGCUGCCAUGGGGCCCCCCUCAGCAAUAUCCCAGGGGCGGGCCCAAUGCCCACUGUACAUAAGGCUGCAUGAUGGGUCGGCUGGGGCACUGCUGAGCCCCCAGGCCCCUAAAUAAAUGUUUCUUGUCCCAA